AUGUGGGCCCUUACGUCGCUCCUACUUGCAGGCGUCGCCCAAGCAGCUAUCCCUAAUGCCAUGCUUCGUGGCAUGCAUUCUCUCCCAAAAAUUCCAGUGCCUGAACGCUUCCUCACUUCAUCGAAUGGCACAGCGCUCCCACCCAUAACGACCGUCUAUCAUUUUGACCAGCUCAUAGACCACAAUAAUCCAGACCUUGGAACAUUCCAGCAGCGAUACUGGAUGAACUGGGAGUUUUAUGAGCCUGGUGGCCCCAUUAUCUUGAUGACGCCUGGAGAAUCUAACGCAGAUGGCUUCGAAGGCUACACUACCAAUGAAAGCGUCAACGGUCUCAUUGCUCAACAGCAGAAUGGUGCAGCUAUCGUCAUCGAACAUCGUUUCUUUGGCUAUUCCAACCCAUACGACAACCUCACGUCACAAUCUCUCGCGCUCCUCAACAUUCAGCAAGCCAUCGAUGAUCUCGUGUAUUUUGCGACCACAGCCGACCUUCCCAUGCCUGGGGGUGAUGCUGUGAAACCAGGUCAGGCACCGUGGAUCCUGAUUGGAGGCAGCUAUUCAGGAGCCCUCACGAGUUGGACAAUGGUCAACAAACCGGGGAUUUUCUGGGCUGGAUAUUCAUCUUCUGGCGUCGUAGAGGCAAUAACCGACUAUUAUGACUAUUUCACCCCAAUUCGCAAUCACAUGCCACAGAACUGUUCUUCUGACGUAGAAGCAGUGAUCUUCUACCUAGAUUACAUGUACGCGGUUGGUGACACUGCCGGAAUCCAGACGCUCAAGGAAGCAUUUGGCCUCGGCGAUGUUGUUCGUGUAGAAGAUUUUGCCACUGCACUUCAAGACAACCUGUUCGAUUGGCAAGAUCUGCAGCCUACUGUCGGCCCAGGAUCAAUGUUUUUCCAGUUCUGUGAUGCACUCGAGGUCAAGAACGGUGUCAGUGCCGGACCUGAGGGAUGGGGACUUGAAAAUGCCAUAUACUCUUGGGGAAACUUUUGGAAUACUACAUACUACGACUAUGUUUGUGGAUCCGAGGAUGCUGAAACUUGUCUUGGGACGUAUGACACGAGCCAGUCCUAUUGGACUAAUGCCACCGUAAAUAAUGCAAACAGGUCGUGGUUCUGGAUCGUGUGUAACCAAGUCGGAUGGUAUCAGGUUGGCCCUCCCGAGUGCGAGCCUGCCAUUGUGAGCCGCAUCCUCCAACCCGUUUAUCAGCAGCGUCAAUGCGUCAACAUGUUCCCUGAAGCAUUCACCUGCCCACCUGAGCCUACCACAGAAGAGACGAACGCAAUGUACGGUGGUUGGGACGUGAGUAUCCCGCGUCUCUUCUUCGCGAAUGGCUUGCGUGACCCUUGGCGCGAGGCAACUGUCUCUGCUGAUGGGCUGAAUAAGCCCAACACUACCAGUAGGCCGAUCUAUGAGGGCGAUGGAUUCCACUGUACGGAUUUACUAGUACAGAAUGCCGUUGCAGAUCCGACAGUUGCGGCCGUGCAGGAAGCGGGAUUGAUGUACAUGAAGGAGUGGCUUGCUGAGUGGAAGCCUUCUGCUUAA